AUGGAAGGAAAUCCCAAUGAAGAACGAAGGACUGUGGAUGAUUAUGCACGUGCAAAACCGAGAGGAAACCCCACCUCCAUUGUUCGACCUCCCAUUCAGCAAGAGCAAUUUGUUGGACAUCCUUCCGAAGAUCCCCACUUACACAUUCAGAAUUUUUUGACCAUUUGUGGAAUGAUUAGAAUGAAUGGUGUGAGUGAUGAGGCUAUCCGGUUGUCUCUUUUUCCAUUUUCUUUAAGGGAUAAGGCAAAGAGUUGGUUGUUAUCCCAACCGGAAGGAAGUAUCACUACUUGGGAUGAUUUAGAGAGUAAAUUUUUGACGAGCUGCCCUUAUCAUGAGCUACCUGAAUGGCUUCAAUUGAGAACCUUUGAUGAUGGGCUGAAUGUAGCAACAAAAACAAUGGUAGAUGCAGCAGCUAGAGGCUCAUUUGCUCAAAAGACCUUGGAAGAAGCACGCCAACUUAUUGAAUUGAAUUCUCUCAAUGCUAAGUUUGAAAACAUGAAGUUUGAAGGGAAUAAACUAGUGCACUAUGUAGCUCCCAUCAGCCAAGAGGAAUACAAUGAGGGAACAAGUGAAGACAGAGUUGAAUACACGCAGCAACAAGGGGCUGAACAGGUAGCAGAACAGCAACCAGAAGCAGAAUUGGAGAUUGCAAAAGAGGAAGAAGAGGAGAAAAUUCCACCAAAACAAAAACUAGUGGUGGAUGAGGCAUAUUGGAAUAGAUCUAAGAAACAGAUUUUGGGAGACUCAUGCAAGCCUCAAAUUCCUCCUCUUUAUGUUAAGCUACCAUAUCCACACAUUCCCAAGAACAAAGGGAAGGAAGAGCAAUUUUCUAAAUUCCUGGACAUUUUCAGAAAGCUGCACAUAAAUAUUUCAUUUGCAGAAGCGUUAGAACAAAUGCCUUUGUAUGCCAAGUUCAUAAAGGACUUGCUUUUAAAGAAGAGAAAAUUGAAGAAAGAUGCUACAAUAGCUUUAACCGAAAAAUGCAGUGCAAUAUUGCAGCAAAAGUUGCCUCAUAAGUUGAAAGAUCCAAGAAGCUUCUCAAUUCCCUGCACUAUAGGAAAUGUGACUAUUGGAAAGACUCUAUGCGACUUGGGAGCCGGCAUCAACUUGAUGCCCCUAUCUAUUUUGAAGAAAUUGGGAGUGGGGGAAGUUAAAAGUACCAAAAUGGCUCUCCAACUAGCUGACCGGUCCAUCAAAUACCCAUAUGGUGUAAUGGAGGAUGUGUUGCUGAAGGUAGACAAACUGAUUUUUCCAACAGAGUUUGUUAUCUUGGAUAUGGAUGAAGAUUCUGAGGUGCCUGUGAUCCUAGGAAGACCAUUUCUAGCCACUGGAAGGGCUUUGAUUGAUGUGCAGCAAGGACAAUUAAUGUUAAGGGUGCAUGAUGAGAAGGUAACUUUUAAAGUUUUUGAGGCUAUGCAACAUCCGAAUGAUGAGAAAGACACUUGUUUUAGGAUGGAUAUGGUAGAUUCCUUGAUUUCAGCAAAAAGCUUUGGUGCUGAAAUUUGUACAGACCCACUGAAAAAGACUUUAGUCAAUGUUGUCAUGAACAAUGAUGAAGAAGUCGAUGAAGAGUUGUAA